AUGACUACUAAUAUGAAUAUUGACAGACAGGAUUCAGUUACUGCUUCUCCUCCCUUGGCCAAAUCAUAUCUCCAAACUUUAAACACAAAUAACUUUUCAUUGACACAGCAUAUAUCUCCACAACUAGUCACUGAUAGUUUGGAGAAUAUAGAUGAAUUUGACGCACCAACUGAUCAUUCAAAUUUUAUACUUUUAUCUGUGGAGGAAAAACAUAGGCUGUAUCAGCCAUGGCAACAUGCUGUGAUUAUUAUGGUUUAUGGUCGUAAAGUUGAGCAUCAACUACUUCGACAAAAAGUUUAUGCAUUAUGGAAACCAACUGAAAACCUUCCUCUAAUAGACUUAGGGUCAGAUUUUUUCCUACUUAAGUUUCAAAAAGAGGAAAAUAAAAUUCAUGCUUUACAGGGUGGCCCUUGGUUUGUUUUAAAUCAUUUUCUCUCUAUUCGUCAAUGGGAACCCAAGUUUAAGGCUUCUGAGACAAAAUUAACAACCUCCGCGGUUUGGUUACGUUUACCUGAAUUACCUACAGAAUUUUACGAUUACCAAAUUCUGCAAAAAUUAGGUCAAAAAAUAGGUAAAUUCUUAUCGAUGGACACUUGUACUUCUUCCACUACUAGAAGACAAUAUGCUAGAUUAUGUGUAGAAGUACUACUUGAUCAGCCUUUAAAGACUCAUCUAUACAUUGGUCAUCAUAAACAAAUUAUCCUUUAUGAGGGACUAAAUUUGCUUUGCAUUAACUGUGGUCGCAUGGGGCAUAAUCAACGGACAUGCAAUUAUACUAAAAAGCUUGAUUCUUCAAUGGAGAAUGCCUAG